AUGUCUAAUGAUAAUGGGAUAAUGCGGCACUGUGGAAAAUUUCAUCCAAAGAGCCAGAGAAAGAUUUCGAAUCUUAUAGGCAUCUGGGAAAUUGACAAACAGGCAAUUGAACACAUGAAAACAAAUAAUCAAUUGGAGCAGACGGGAAUAUGUAAUUCCCACUUUUCAUUUGAUCAUCAAACUUUACACGAUAUUGGACUCAAACAAACAAAAGAGUACAUCAAAGGCAAGAUUGCUGGCCAUCGUUGCAUUUUCUGUAAAAAAAACUAUUGUAUUUACCUUCGCGGAAAUGAAUGUACUGCACAUUGCUGGUCAGUAUUGGAUAAAAAGACACUAAUUCCCUGCAACAGUCAAUACAAAUGUCUAGCCAUUGAGAGUUUUUCACCCCUUGUACAAAAAAUUAUGAAACCAAACUCUCAACGACCGCAGUAUAUUUGUAAUACAUGUUACGAACACCAGGGUGGACACUUACACCAACAAUUAGGAAGAGGUCAUGCGGUAAAGGACAAUACUUGUGUUGCAAAAGGGGAACACUUCAACGAUAAAACUGAAUCACUUGAAAUUCUCGGAAAAUGGUUGUGCAAUGUAGUAGCCAGGACAGACAAUGACACAUUUAAGGAUAAAGUGUUGACAGAAGCAGCAUCACUAUUACGAGUUUUUCAAAAAUCUGAACCUAACACAGCCACUGAGCCUGCAACUGAAACCACUACUGAGCCUGCAACUAAAACCACUACUGAGCCUACAACUUUAUGCCCACUCGUGAUUAGGACAAUAUUAAAAACAAACAAUAUGCUCCCAGAGACUUGGAACUCGGAAGCAUCCCAAAAAAGAUGGGAGGAGGCUCAAACUAUACGGGCUUCUUCUACUGUCCAAAUACCUAUUGAAUCAUUUAUGGAUAUGGACAUCGAAAUGCGAUCAAGAAUAAGAACUCCUCUGCCUUUAUCCCUGCCUGAUCCAAGUACCCCUCGUAGUGAUGCUGAUCAGUCUCCACCGUAUUUCCAGCGCAAUGAUACAGCAUCAGCAGCACCAAUUCCCAAGCCUGCUUUCCCGCCUAGUCUAAGUGCCAAAGCAUUCUUUGAAGAGACGUUCAAGACGGCCCGAGGAUAUUGUUGGUAG